UGCAAGACUCAUAUGUCAGCGAUGUUUCUCAAGACUUUGCUCUUCCUGUUCCUCCUCCACCGAGCAGUUGCAGACUCUUGUGGUGGUAAUGAUGGGUUCACCUUCAAUGGAUUCCGUUGCCACAAUAUUGCUCCCGACGGGAUCGCGUCGAUCACCUCCGACGGGCUUCUCGUGGUCACCAACAAUACAAUCCAGUCGAUGGGCCACGCCUUCUACCGAACCCCACUUCGCUUCAGAGAUUCUCCUAAUGGUACCGUCUUCUCCUUCUCCACCACUUUUGUGUUUGCCUUCAUCUCAGAACUCGCGGAUCUUGGCGGGGAUGGGAUGACCUUCUUAGUUUCCCCCACCAAGGACUUCUCCGGAGCCUUAGGUAAUCAGUAUUUAGGCCUCUUCAAUUCAAGCAGCCGCGGUAACUCGACCAACCAUGUCCUUGCGAUCGAGCUUGACACAAUCGGUAACCCCGAAUUCCAAGAUAUCGAUGAUAACCAUGUCGGGAUCAAUAUCAACGACAUGAAAUCUAAUGAGUCCCGCACUGCUGGUUAUUAUCUGAAUGACACUGGUUCGAUCGAAAAUCUAAGCCUCAGUAGCGGCCAAACCAUGCAAGUUUGGGUAGACUAUGAUAGCCAUGAGAUGCUACUUAACGUGACCUUAGCUUCAAUCCCAAUGGCCAAACCCCAUAGACCUCUCUUAUCUGCGGUCGUCAAUCUUUCAAGCGUGUUGUUGGAAACGAUGUAUGUUGGAUUUUCCUCCUCCACUGGUCCUUGGCUAACAUCUCAUUACGUCCUUGGUUGGAGUUUUAAGAUGAAUGGCGUAGCCCAAGCUCUCGACUUCUCCCUGCUGCCUUCUCUUCCUCGUGCGAAAUCAAAUCACAAGUUAAAGGUUUUGCUCAUCGGGCUGCCCCUGGCGUCGGCUGGACUUGCUGUGAUCAUCGUGUCCAUAGUGAGGUGGAGGAUCAAGCAUGCAGAAGUGCUCGAGGAUUGGGAGCUUGAGUAUGGGCCUCAUCGGUUCUCCUACAGAGAUCUGUUCGUCGCUACAAAGGGUUUUAAAGAUAAGGAGCUGCUCGGAAUAGGCGGAUUCGGAAAGGUCUACAAGGGGGCCCUACAGACUUCUAAAUCAGAGAUUGCGGUGAAGAGAGUGUCUCAUGAAUCAAGUCAGGGCAUGAGGGAGUUCAUAGCAGAGAUCGUCAGCCUCGGCCGCCUCCGCCACCGCAACCUUGUUCAGUUGUUGGGCUAUUGCCGGCGCAAAGGGGAGCUGCUGUUGGUGUAUGAUUACAUGCCCAAUGGCAGCCUGGACAAGUUUCUGUAUGGCCAAGACAAGCCUACUCUGGAUUGGGCGACGCGCUUCCGGAUCAUCAAAGGCGUGGCAUCAGGGCUUCUGUAUCUACAUGAGGACUGGGAGCAAGUCGUCAUCCACAGAGACAUCAAGGCGAGCAACGUGCUGCUCGACCAUGAACUGAACGGAAGGUUGGGUGACUUUGGCCUGGCAAGGUUAUAUGAUCAUGGAACCGAUCCACACACCACCCGCAUCGUCGGAACCAUGGGUUAUCUUGCUCCCGAGCUUGUUCGAACAGGCAAGGCGACCACCAUCACCGACGUGUUUGCGUUCGGGGUCUUCCUCUUGGAGGUUGCUUGCGGGAGGCGGCCGGUGGACUCGGUCGCGUCCGGGGAGGAGCUGAUUUUGUUGGAUUGGGUGGUGGAGAAUUGGCGGCAGGGAUCGAUACUUGCGACGAGGGAUCCGAGGCUGGGACAAGAGUACGUGGUGGAGGAGAUGGAGCUGGUUCUGAAGCUUGGAUUUCUGUGCACCCAUCCUUUGCCGGCAGGCAGGCCGAGCAUGCGGCAAGUGGUGGAGUAUUUGGAGGGGGAGGCAGCACUUUCGGAAUUGUCGCCCACCUACCUCAGUUUCAGCGUUCUGGCGAUGCUUAACAAUGAAGGCUUCGAUGAUUACAUCAUGUCGUAUCCUUCGUCGGGAGACUUGUCCGGUGCCUUAGGAAGUCAGUUCUUAGGCGUCUUCAACCAGAGCAACAAUGGGAACUCGAGCGAUCAUAUUCUUGGCAUCGAGCUUGACACAAUCUAUGACCCUGAAUUUCAGGAUAUUGAUGACAAUCAUGUCGGAAUCGACAUUAACAGCCUGACAUCUAACUCUUCCCACACCGCUGGUUAUUAUGCUGAUGACUCUGGUUUGUUCAAAGCUUUAAGCCUUAGAAAUGGUGAAGCCCUGCAAGUUUGGAUAGAUUACGACGCCCAAGAGAUGAUGCUUAAUGUUACCCUAGCUUCAAUCCAAAUGGCCAAACCCCAAAAACCUCUCUUAUCCGCGAUCAUCGAUCUAUCAAGCGUGCUAACAGAUCCCAUGUAUGUUGGCUUCUCCUCAUCCACUGGUUCUCUCUUGACGUCUCAUUACAUUCUGGGUUGGAGCUUUAAGAUGAAUGGAGUAGCUCAAGCUCUCGACUAUUCCCUACUACCCUCGCUCCCUCGUGUGAGACCCAAGCGAGGAUCAAAGGCGUUGACCAUUUCACUGCCUCUAGCAUCAGCUGGACUAGUUCUAAUCGUCGUAGGAGUCGUGGCUUUCAUCGUAAGAUGGAGGAUCAAGUACGCAGAGGUCCGCGAGGACUGGGAGCUUGAGUACGGCCCUCAUCGGUUCUCCUACAAAGACUUGUACGAAGCUACCAAGGGUUUCAAGGACAAAGAUUUGCUCGGAAUAGGCGGAUUCGGAAAGGUCUACAAGGGGGUGCUACAGGCUUCUAAAUCGGAGAUUGCGGUGAAGAGAGUAUCUCAUGAAUCAAGACAGGGCAUGAGGGAGUUUGUCGCUGAGAUAGUUAGCAUCGGUCGCCUCCGCCACCGCAACCUUGUUCAGUUGUUGGGCUAUUGCCGACGCAAAGGUGAGCUCCUGUUGGUGUAUGAAUACAUGCCCAAUGGCAGCCUGGACAAGUUUCUGUAUGGCCAAGACAAGACAACUCUGGAUUGGGCGACGCGGUUCCGGAUCAUCAAAGGCGUGGCAUCAGGGCUUCUGUAUCUACACGAAGAUUGGGAGCAAGUCGUCAUCCACAGAGACAUCAAGGCGAGCAAUGUGCUGCUCGACCAUGAAUUGAAUGGAAGGUUGGGUGACUUCGGCCUAGCAAGACUAUACGAUCAUGGGACUGUUCCCCUGACCACCCAUGUCGUGGGAACCAUGGGUUAUCUUGCUCCCGAGCUUGUUCGAACCGGCAAGGCGGCCACCAUCACCGACGUGUUUGCAUUCGGAAUCUUCCUCUUGGAGGUUGCUUGUGGAAGGCGGCCGGUGGACUCGAUCGCGUCCGGGGAGGAGCUGAUUUUGUUGGAUUGGGUGGUGGAGAAUUGGCGGCAGGGAUCGAUACUUGCGACGAGAGAUCCGAAGCUGGGAGAUGAGUACGUGGUGGAGGAGGUGGAGUUGGUUUUGAAGCUUGGAUUGCUGUGCUCGCAUCCGCUGCCGGCAGGCAGGCCGAGCAUGCGACAAGUGGUGGAGUACUUGGAGGGCGAAGCAGCACUUCCGGAACUGUCACCGACGUACCUCAGCUUCAGCGUUCUGGCGAUGCUUCACAAUGAAGGCUUCGAUGAUUACAUCAUGUCGUAUCCUUCGUCGGUGGCCAUUUCUGGAGCUUGGUAAUUGCAGAUGGGAAGCAUUACAUUAUGACAGUUGUUGUCUCCCAUCUCCUGUUCCUUUUGUUAGUCGAUACAAUUAUUGACUUCAGAUUAACAUUGGCAGUAUAGUAGAGUGAGCUCUUAUUGAUGACA